AUAGUUGUGAAAAAACCCCAAAAAAGUAUAAUAAAAUUAAAAAAAGAAAGAAUUUUAGUGGCAAGCUCGAAUUACAUAGAAUUUAAAAAUUUCGAACUGAAGAAAGUAUAUAAGAAAAUAAUUACGAUAAAAAAUAUUGGUAAUAUGCCUGUGAGAUAUCAUUUAAGAAAACAGCCAUAUCAUUCUAAAUUUUGGAUUAUGAUAAAACCUGUGGUCGAAAAUAAAAAUAUCAUUCCACCGGGAUUGACAAUACAGUUGAUCAUUUUCUUCCGUUGUGAUGAAAUCGAUAUACCAGAUGAGAUAUUGAUAAUAAAGGUUCAACACGGAAGUCCAGUGAUCAUUCGAAUGCAUGCAUACAAAGAUCCUCCUCAUUUAAUCGGAAUUUGUCAAUCAGAUGAAAUACCUUUUAAAUAUUCGAAUAUAAAAUUAAGUCAAGAUUGGCAACCAGAGAUAGAAAUGUCAUUCGAUAGUUUAAAUACAUUUUCUACUGAAAGUACUAAGACCAUCUCUCUAUUGACAUUGACAAGUCGCGAUAAUUUCAUAAGCAUGAUUUUCGAUUGCAAAGGAGGUUUUAUUGGAGAGGAAGUUUAUGUACCUAUAAAAUUGAAAAAUAUCGGUGGAAAUGGACGCUUUUUCAUAAUAAGUGAAAUCGAUUGGUUCUCCAUGAACAUUACGGACAUCAUAGAGAAAAAUAUUUUGAAAUUACCAUGUUUUACUAUAUGGCCAAUAUAUUUUUUAUUGAAUAAAAAUGAAGAAAUGACUUUCCAUAUGAAAUUUGCACCAAAAUGCUUUGGCAUUCAUCAUUUGAAAAAAAUAGAAUCAUCUAAAAGAGAUAUAGAUAAAAAGUCGAAGUAUUAUAUAAACUUAAGCACUGAUACUCCUGAUGGUGUUGGACAAUGUAUUAUUCCCAUAAAUAAUAUUAGUGAGAUAAGCAUGUAUUUUUCUUGGAAGAAACGAAAUGUGCAAACAAAAAAUCAUAAAAUAAACGAAGAGAAUUAUUUUCCAUUACAACUUCUUCAUAUUGAACCAGAUCAUGGAAUUUUUGCACCAACUUCUAUUCAUUAUUUCACAGUAACUGCUGAUUAUACAAAUUUACAGCCAAAUUAUUAUUUUGCUGUUCUACAAUUAUAUGUAGAAGAUAUACCGAUCGAGGCGAUUCCAAAUGAAAUAAAAGUAAUAACUAAAAAAUGCACUACGAAACGGCGAAAAUGCAAGAAAUCUGUAGAUAUUUGGGUUGCCGAUGUUGAAAUUUGGUUGCAAUUCAUGAUGGAUGAUAAAAAUGAAAUUUAUCAAGAAACUGAAGAAAUAUCAAAAUAUAUCAUAGUAUCGGAUUACAAAUAUUCUCAACGAGAUUAUGAAGAAGAAGAAGAAGAAGAAAAAGAAGAAAAAAUAAGUGAAAUAGAAUUUAAAGAAGAAUACAAAUCAACAUCUCAAUUAAUAAAUGAUGAAUUAUUUUCUCAUUUCGAUUUGAUAAACCUAAAACAAUUCGAACCAUUAUGGCAAGAAAAAAUAAUAAGCAUGGGUAUCAUCAGACCUACAAGGCAUGUAUUUAAAAUAAAAUAAAAUUU